UCAUAAAUUGACGUCAGUGUAUUUUCAGAAUAUUAGAAUGGGAGAGAAUGGAGUGGAGGCUGUUGAGCCGACCAGUAAGAAAAGUAAAACUGAUCCUACCGUCCAGGAACAAGAAUUCGAUAAAGAAACACAAACAGCACUGGAGGAGAUCGAUAGCUGUCAAAACGAGAUCGAUUCGAUGAAUGAGAAAGCCAGCGAGGAAAUCCUGAAAGUUGAACAGAAAUACAACACAUUACGGAAACCUUUUUUUGAUAAAAGAAAUGAAAUAAUUAAAAACAUUCCCAAGUUUUGGCUCACAUCCUUCAUCAACCAUCCUCAGUUAUCCAUGAUUAUUGAAGAGGAUGAAGAGGACGCCCUCCAGCAUCUCUCUAAACUCGAGGUCGAGGAAUUCGAAGAUAUAAAAUCCGGGUUCAAGAUCAAUUUCUUUUUUGACUCUAAUCCUUACUUUGAGAACGACACAUUGUGCAAGGAGUAUCAAUUGGAUGGUAAGGGAGACCCCACAUCUACCUCGACCCUGGUCAAGUGGAAGGAAGGGUUUGAUCUGACCGCUAAGGCAGCUCAGAAAGCUGCUCUGCAGAAGGGUGGGAGGAAAAGAAAGCUGGAGAACCGAACCUUCUUCACCUGGUAUUCAGACAACGAGGAUCCGUCCAACGAUGAGAUCGGAGAGAUCAUCAAGGAUGAUAUGUGGCCAAACCCCCUUCAAUACUUCCUAGUACCAGAUCUCGAAGUGGAGAACGUCGAAGAGGAGGAGGAGGAGGACGAUUUGGACGAGGAGGAAGGUGAUAACGUUGUGGUGAUGGAAGAAGAGGAGGAGGAUGACGGAGAGGAAGAGGAUGGAGAUGUAGAGGAUGUAGAUCCCGAGGACAAAUAACAGAAAGAACUACCUGGUUCAAAAAAUUAACUAAUCAUCAAUUUGUCUGAAUAAAAUGGGUCUCAAAAUUCUGACUAAUUAGUUUUAUGUAACUAAACAUAAAUGACAAUAUAAUUUUUUAUAAUGAUUUUUAAUGCUGUGAAUAAGGAAUGUAUUUACACAACAGUGAGUUCUAUUAACUUCCAAAUAAAGCUGAAAUCCUGAAUAAAACAUUAAAAACUA